AAAAGCAAACAUUAUAAGAUUUUACAAGCCUAAAAAGCUUUUUAAUACGCUAGUUUGAAUAUUUGAAAAAAAAUGUCCAACGAAAAGGAAAAACCGGCGGAGGAGGAAGAGGAGGAGGUGGAGGCUGAGGCAUUAGAAGAGGCGGGAAUUUUAGAAGCGGAUGUUGGUGCCCAUUUCGACCAACAAUUGGCGUCCAUUGAUCCCCGUCUCUCAAUACAAAUGGAUCCUCUGGCGCAUCACCAUUUACGACCAGAAAUGAUGUUCAUCCGCGAGGAGUUGCGUCAGGCUAAAAUGCAAACUUUAGCGGUUCGUCGCGCUGCUCUAAAGAAACUCUUAGUGAAAGAUUUUCUGCAAGAAGAUUGUGAACUGAGAAACAUUGGCCUUUCCUACGCCUCUCCUGAUGUUUAAUAUGUUACUUUUAAUGGUUUCUUGGAAAUAUGGAUUUAAACAAUAAAGAGGUUUACUAUAUUUA